AAAUUUCUCUAGUUUAAAAUCUAUCUUGAGAAAAUGUAAUCAAUGGCCGCGUUAUAAUAUCCUACAUAACUUUGUAGGCUAUGGUUAUUGUCAGUUACAAUGCAUUGAACAUGGCGGAACUCACGGACCAGCCAGUGGAUAGCCAUGUCUCGUGUAAAAUUUUGAUUAUCGGAGGGGGCAUGGCCGGAUUGUCUGCUGCAAAUCAUUUACUGAAAAAUAGUGAAACAGACUUUCUUAUUGUUGAAGCAAGAGGACGUAUAGGUGGCCGAAUUAUAGCAACACAAAUUGGUAAUGAAAAAAUUGAACUUGGAGCAAACUGGAUUCAUGGAGUUUUGGGAAAUCCUCUUUUUGAAAUAGCAAUGGCAAAUGGAUUGGUAGAUAUUAUAAAUAUUCCCAAACCACAUAAAGUUAUAGCUGUUAUGGAAGAUGGAAAACAAUUACCAUUUCCAAUUUUACAAGAAAUAUAUGAAGCCUAUGUGUGUUUUUUAAGACGUUGUGAAGAAUAUUUCUUAAGUGCUUAUAAUCCACCAGAUGGUAUAAAUAGUGUUGGAGCACAUGUGGCACUUGAAACUGAUAUAUAUUUGUCAUCUUUACCAGUUGAACAAAGAAGAAUAAGACAGUUACUUUUUGAUUGUUUGCUUAAGAGAGAAACUUGUAUUACUGGCUGUGAUAAUAUGGAAGAGGUUGAUCUUAUGGAAAUGGGAUCUUAUGCUGAACUACAAGGUGGUAAUAUCAGUCUUCGAAAUGGAUAUAGUGCAAUAUUGGAGCCAAUUACAAAACAUAUACCAAAGAACUGUAUACUUACUAAACACGUUGUUACUAAAAUUAGAUGGCAAAAACAGGAAUGUGAGAAUGAAACAUCUGAUGUAACAACAAAUAGCUCUAGUAGAAAUAAGGUUAUAGAAAUUCAGUGUGAAAAUGGAAGAAUGAUAACUGCAGAACAUAUAAUAUGUACAUUGCCUUUAGGAGUUCUUAAAAAAAAGGCUAAUGAUAUUUUUGAGCCGCCCUUACCAGAUUAUAAACUCCAAGCAAUAAAUAGACUUAUGUUUGGUACUGUAGAUAAAAUAUUUUUAGAAUAUGAAAGGCCUUUUUUAAAUCCUGAAAUAUCUGAAGUUGUGUUUCUUUGGGAUGAUAGAGGAUUGUCAGAAGACGACAGACAAGAUUUAAGUAAAACAUGGUUUAGAAAAAUAUAUUCUUUUAUUAAAAUAUCAGAUACACUUCUUCUUGGUUGGAUAUCAGGAAAGGCUGCAGAAUAUAUGGAACAAUUAAGUACAACUGAGGUUUCAGAAGUAUGUACAUCGAUUUUAAGACGAUUUUUAAACGAUCCGUUUGUACCAACUCCAAAGCAUUGCUUGCGUACUACUUGGCACUCUCAGCCAUUUACAUGUGGUUCUUAUACAUCUAUGGCUGUUGGUGCAAGUCAAGUAGAUAUUAAGAAUCUAGCUGAACCAUUGAUAUUGCAAGAUCAGCCUUCCAAAAUUAUGAUAACAUUUGCUGGUGAACACACACAUUCUUCGUUUUAUAGUACUGUACAUGGUGCAUAUUUAACAGGCCGUACUGCAGCUCAAUUGUUACUCGAAUCAAGAAGAAGUGAACAAAAUCAUAUAAGUCUUAGUUGUGAAAAUACUAGUGAUCUUAGCUCAUGGAUUCAAGGAAUAUCUUUAACUUAAAAUUUGAACUAUAUAUAUACAUACAUACAUACAUACAUACAUAUAUAUAUAUACAUACACAUAUACAUAUAUAUAUAUAC